ACCGGCGACCAUGUCGGACCUCUCGGUCACUAACGACACCGUACCGGUGGCCGUAUCCGCAGACUACAACUUCCCAGCGCUCAUAUUCGGGAUCCUGCUGAUCGUCGUGGUCACUGGAGGAAACGUGCUGGUGUGUCUGAGCGUUUACCUGGAAAAGGCUUUAAAAACAACCACUAAUUACUUCAUAGUGAGUCUGGCGUUUGCAGACCUGCUGCUGGCGGUGCUGGUGCUGCCGCUCUUCGUUUACGCAGAGUUUCAGGGCGGCGUUUGGUCCUUGAACGUGCUGAUGUGCGACGGCCUGAUGACCAUGGAUGUGAUGCUCUGCACGGCGUCCAUAUUCAACCUGUGUGCCAUCAGCGUGGACAGGUUCAUUGCAGUGUCCAUCCCCCUGAACUAUAACCGUAGACACGUGGACCAGCGGCAGCUCGUCCUGCUGUCUGCUACCUGGCUGCUGGCCUUGGCCGUGGCUUCCCCCGUCAUCUUCGGCAUCAACAACGUGCCCGACCGCGACCCCAGCGAGUGCAAGCUGGAGGACAACAACUACGUGGUUUACUCCUCCGUCUGCUCCUUCUUCAUCCCCUGCCCCAUCAUGGUGCUGCUCUACUGUGGGGUUUUUCGCGGGCUGCAGCGCUGGGAGGAGACCCGGAAGGCGAAGCUUCGCAGCAGCAUCGAGGCCUGCAGGAAGCUGCAGCACGCCGCCGUCGCCACCGCCCUCCCCCCGCUAGCCGGAACCAUCCCCGGACCUCUACCCAUGCCGCUGCCCAGGAUCAUCGAGAGGGACCUGGCCCAGAGUCGGCUGGACGACUCAGGCGACUACAUCCAACAGGAGAUCCCUUAUCCUCGGCAGUACAGAGAGAACUCAGUGCCCACGGUCACCUUCAGCCAGCAGCACAUGAAGAAGAGAGCAAAGAUCAACAGCAGGGAGAGGAAAGCGAUGAGGGUGCUGCCCGUCGUCGUAGGUUGCUUCCUUUUCUGCUGGACUCCGUUCUUCGUUGUCCACACGACUCGAGCCGUCUGCCUGACCUGCGACAUCCCUCCCGGCCUGAUGAGCACCGUCACCUGGCUGGGCUACGUCAACAGCGCCCUCAACCCCAUCAUCUACACCAUCUUCAACACCGAGUUCAAGAAAUUCUUCAAGAAGUGUUUCCGCAGCUGCUGCUGACAACAGAUUUCCCUCCGCAGACUCGGAGAGGUAGUUUCGGUUGGAUUUACAGCCCACAGAUAUCGACCGGGAAGUCUGAGGCCUCCAGUUUUGCCAAUUAACUCUGUACAAGAAGAAGACAGUUGCUGGAAAAGUGAUAAAAGUUUCAUCCCCAGGUCCAUUUUGUGAUUUGCUGAUGAGGUUUUCUGAUCCCUGCGGAUUACCGGCCAGAAAAAGUGAUGAUGUUUCGGUGGUAAGCUGCAAAAAACAGCUGAACUUAGACUCCCCAGUCUGAAAUGAAGAUUUCAGUUUGUCUAUAUAGCACUUCUUCUUUCUUUGGAGUAAAACCGCAUAUCAGCCUUGGUUGGGGUUAUGGUCUGCAAGUUCCAGCGAAGGAUGUGGGGAUUUGUACCGAUUCUGAGCAGCACUACUGUCUGAAAGGAUAAUCUCAGGGCAAAAAUAUCCCCGAGGUUACAGAAAGACUGAAUAAGCUUCAGCAGAGCAGAAUAACAAACAGCUGAAAGUAGCUUCGUGACCAAAUAAUCCUCUAAAAUCAGCACCUUGUGUUCACUUUUAAAGAUAAGUUCAGAGGAAUAGCUCCACGUUUCUGACACUGCUUUCAUGUCUGUGUGGAAAUACUGAGCCACAACGAGCAGCUGGUUAGCUUAGCUUAGCGUGAAGACAGAAAGAAACAGGACUGUAUUCCACUAUCUCCAUGCUCCAUUUCAUUUAGAGCAGCUUUCAAAUGCUUGUUUCUAUGAGCAACUUACUGUACAACUUAUUUUAAUGAUACACUGCGGUUGUUUCUGGCUGUCUUCACACAAACACAGUUUAUCCUCCAUUCAGUCUUCUCCUGCUCUCUGCUCUCACAUAAACUAUAGUUAAUCCUCUGAACUCCAAGCAGUUUCUGGAUGGUUUUUUGCUCCUGUCACAUUUUUACUCACUGCAAUAUAAUAGAAGCAGCACAACCAUGAAUAGAAGUAGAGAGAACUCAAAAAUGUCUUCUGUGUAGUAUGAGACAGUUAAAAUAGCAUAAAUCUAAAAAAAAAAAGAAAAACAAAAGUUGAAUUUCAUUGAUUAUUUUCUUUAGAAAAAUUGAAAACCACCUGGAAUCAACAUGUGCAGCAUUGUUCCAAGUGCCUACAAGUGUUACUAAUACUUGGAAGAAAUGGUCGCUCUACAUAAUACAGAUAUUUAACUAUUUAAAUUUUACUUAGUUUCCAUUUGUCCAUUUGUUUCUCAUCUGCUUGGGGUAAACACUGUGUUAAAUUUUUGUCAUGUGACUGUUGGAAUUAGCUGAGAGACUAUUGGCUUCAAAGGAGCAUUGAUUUUUUUUUUUUUUUUUUUAACAGCAUCUGGUGCAAACAGUUUAUUUUUAUGGAAUUUUUCAAUGAGACAUUGAAAAAUACAGUAACAUAUCUCGAUUUUUAAGCUGAGAUUUGGUUAUUUUUUUCCAAUAGAACAUUACAUCACAUAUGAGUUUCAAUUUUUUUUUUUUUAAAGUUUUUGGAUUUUUGAAAGUUUAUUUUGAAUAUUUCAACAUAAAAACAAAACAACAACAAAAGACAAUGAAUAAUUUGCUCAAAAAGGAAUUGGAAGAAGUCGAACUUCUCUAAUUCCACCCCUUCUCCUUACACAAAUUAUUGUAAAUCUAUUCGUCCUGCUUCUUCAGAAUUAGACAAUUUUUAAACAAUAAUAAUAAUAACAAUAGUGAACAUGAUUUAAAAUAAAUAUAUACCAAUAUCCCUAUUUAUAUUUAUACAAACAGACAAAGACAAAAGGACCUAACAAUAGCAAAACACAUCAAAAGGAAAAGACCCAAUGAAUAAUACACAUAAAUAAGGAAAACAAAUCAUUAAAGAUAUAAAUAAUUAUUAACAGUAACCUGUGCACACCCAGUGAGUGUCACACCCCCACUUCAUGAGCAGCGCAAUGAUUGUUGAAAGGGUGAAAAUCUCAAUUUUUCUGUUUUUAAAGUUUCUGGCUUUGAUAAAUUGAGUAAUUUGGGGGAUUUUUUAAAAAGAUACAAUGCCUACCAAAUCUGCCAGCAAGUUUUGGGGUUGAGAGGGUUAAAAAUACCAAUUUAUUGUCAGAACCAAGCAGGUCUGCCUUACUACAUGAUCCAAAUAUUCAGCAAAACCUGCCAUUUUCAGUGUGUAGGUCGCUGCUCAGUGAUCGUUUCCUGAAGCAAAGGGGACUUUAAAAAUGUUAGCACAUAAAUAGUGGAAGGGGAAAGGAAAGCCAGUGGAAAGAAGUGGCAGAAAUGGUGGACUUAUACCUGAAGACUACAUCUGGUGGUUGAGUUCGCUGACACUUAUGAAACAAAUCAAACUGUGGGCUCAGACGUCUUGUAUAUGGAGCAGAAGCAUUAUGCUUAAAGUCCAUCUGGGAGACAUUAGAAAUCCCCAACUGAAGACGAAGAGGCUGAUGGAAGGAAAGUGAAACUGUUCAUGACUGAAACAUGACGUCAGGAUGUUUUUCCUUCAAAGGAAUCGCUGUGAAGGAUGUGAUACUACGAACUAAUAAAACAACACAAAACUCGGUGCAGUUGAAACAGCUCACUGAGGUGUUUAACUGUAACUAUGAGCUACGACCACAAGAAAACAUUCACUCAAUAUCAUGAUCAGCAUUAUGCCUUAAGUUCAAAGGAUGUUACGGGCCGUCGUGAUAGAAUUUAACAUUCAUGAGAUCCCAGAAUAGUAGUUUUGAAGUUGUUCAAAAGCUUAUUUCUUUUCCGAUUUCUUGUCAGAUUUGUAAUUCACACAGUAUCGUCCCGACUUUAUGGAAAUGACAAAGAGUUUCUCUGUUUUCUCUGCUUUUUUACACGAGUAAUAUGAUUCAUUACAGUGCUGAGAGGAUAACACAUCUACAUCACAUUAUAAUAAACACUAUUAUAAGCACCACAAAGCAGAUAAAAAGUAGACCCGCUGCCUGAUAGUAAAUUAUUAAAAACAAAAAAAAAAAACACAGUAUUUGCUCAGGCUCUCAUUACAAGGAACUUCUCUUGUGUUUUUCAUCAUUACUGAAUAUCAACCUUUGACUUGAGCAAAUCAUUAUCUUUGUUUCUUUUUCAUUAAAACAACAGAACUGUCUAGUUAUAAUGUUAUGAAUUGGUAUAUUAUGACCAGAAACGUAUAUAACAUAUUUUUCAUUUCAUCAUAAAUUUUUAUUAUUACAUGCCAUUAUUCCACAUUUUCUGUUAUAAAAUGAAUUAUUAUACAUAUAUUUUUUCUCUCUUUAGAAGAAAAGAUUUCUAUUUUUUAUAGCAUAAGUUGGUAUAUUGCUAUAAAAAGAAAGAAACUUCUACCUUCAAUAAGGCUAUUAGGCUUGUAAUCUACGAGAUAAAGAAAAAUAAACAGUCAAGUACGGUGGCUCAGAGAGCUCAAAGUACGUAAGAAAACUGAAAUAAACACUGGAUGAUAAUCAGUUAGAUAAAUAGCAGUAAGGCCACUUAUAUUCUAAUUUUUUUGUUUGUUUUAACAAGUAUUUGGGAGCAGUUUUUACUUAAUGAUUCUUUUAAAAAAAAACAGUAGUUCAGCUUGAAGUAGUUCAGCUUGAAUUUUACUUCCUCCAUCGCUGGUUUAAGUAUGUGUUGAAAAUAUGGUUUUAUUUUUCACAAUUUUAUGGAAACCAUGAGCUCCAAAGUAUUAAUAGAUUUACAAGCAUGAGCAAAACUACUUUUGAAGCCAUCAUAAAGUUUCAUUUUGAGUCCAUUCUGAAAUUAUUCAUAACUCCAACAUCCUGUUAAAACUGCAGUCACUACUAGAAAAUGUUCUUAAUUCAUCAUAAUAACAUGUUAUAAUAAUUCUAGUGCACGGUCAUGCCAGCUUUGCUAGAACCAUAUUGAAACCAUGUUGUUGUUUUUUUCCAAUUUUCCUUUUUAGUCGAGGACAAAAAAAGUUUGUUAGGUCAUGUUUGAACUAAUGUAGUCCAGGUUGUGUUUUCUCUACAUUUUAAACAAGCACAUUUUCAGGAAGUAGAACAUGUUACCUUUCAAAUAAAGUCUCACACGGGCAUUUUAGCCUUACAGUUCUUCUGCUGUAAACUUUUCCAUUUUGGUUACUCUAAAGAGGCGAAAAUUCCCCAAAAUAAAUGGGGUGAAUGUGUAUAUAGCCCACUUUUUCAUUUUAGAAUGAUGAGAAGUUAUUCUUUUUAUGACAUACAUUGGAUUUGCUAGAGAUGAAAAGGGUUUCUUGUUAAAACUGAAUAAUUUUGUCUCAAAUACUGGGAAAAUAACUUCUUUAUAACAAGAUAAUUAGCGUUUUUUAAAACAUGAAAAGAUGCUAGAAGCAAGAAAACAAGCACCGCAGAAGAAAAAAAACAUGUUUUUAUGUUGUUGAUGAUGAGAAAUGCUUUCUCUGCAUUCUUGUUGAAACUGUAUGAUUUGACAUGUAGUAAAAUACAUGAAGAAAAAUGUCAUUUUAACAUGAAAAGUACCUUGUAGUGAUGUGAAAAGGAGAGAAUGAGCCAAUAUUUUGUGUCACAAUGCUAAACGGUAAACCGAUUUCUUGAGAAUUGCACAAAUUGCUGCUGUUUUGUUCCUCUAGUAUUAGUUUUCUUUUUUGAAACAGUCUGAUACCCAAAUGACAUAAAAACGCUGGAGAGGUUGUGUUUUCAUUCUUUGUUCUAAGCUGUAAGUUGAAUGAAACCUUUGAGUUGCAAAGCUUUUCCAGACUGUGUCUUGAUAACGUUGCACAUUAGAGUCACGAUCCUCCUGUGAUAAAGUCGUGUUACGUUCUGCUGUCUGAGUGGUUCUGUCACCACUGCGAGUCUGUUUGUUUGGUUACUGACUGUGCCUACUGUAUGCCAUAUCCACGUUUUAUGUGGAAACCUUUCUAAUAAAGUGUGAUCUUUGU